AUGGCUGAAAAAAUUAUCAAGAACGAGUCGGAAACACUUGUUUUCAAAGACCGUAAACUCAACAUAGGUCAUGCAAUUCGUAAGCAACAAAUAUUUCCUCGUCCAGACCUAACAACAACUUUGCUAUUCACCGGAAGUGCAAUUCCUUAUAGCUUUCAAAAUGGUAUGGCUGUAUUCCCUUUACCUGGCCAAGAGUAUCCUAUAUUGACUCAAACCACAGCUCCUUAUGCCACAAUGAUACUUCCACAGCCGGAUGGAGGAACACCUCUCUACUUGCCUCCUUUACAUUCAACUCCAGCUGCAGCCAUAUCGCCAUAUACACAUAUUCCACAGCACUCUGUAACGGCAGCACUUCAUCAACAGUUUCAUCAAACAGGAGCUGUUUCUUGUUUGACUCCUGCGGUUGUUGGCCAGAUAACACCAGUCAAUGUCAGUGUUAAUAACGCCAAUCCGCAAUCUCAUUCAACUCCCUCAGUAAUGGCGGCAGCUGCUGCUAUUCAAUGGCCACAACAUCCAGCUCAGAAUAACCAACAAAAUCCACAACAAUCAUCUACUGUAACAGUAACUCAUAGUGUUUCACAUGUAAACAAUGAGCAUUCCCUCAAUCAGACAUCAACAAUCACACAGAAUCAAUCUGCUGUUACAACUCAACAUCCAACUAAUUGGCAUUGGUCACCAUGUAUACAACAAUCUCAAAAUACCAUUCAGGGAACAAGUCCUCAACCUAACAUGUUCACUAUUGAUACAUCUUCAAGUAUAGGUACUACUAAAUCAACAUCAACAAUAUCGAAUCAAAAUCUUCAAUUUCCUCAACAGUGUGCAACAAAUGCAACUUAUUUGUAUAGCCCAUUCACUGGGUCUAGUCAUGAGGUGAUGUUAUUUCAUCAAACCAGUUCGCCAUUUACUGGCAAUUCAACUAGUGAUUACAGUACUGAUCAUAGUGCACAUUCAUCUGGUAUAUUGGAAUCAGCUGAGUCUAUAAGUUAUGAUGGUACACCAAUCAGUCGUCAGACUCAACAAGUUGGAAAACAAUUAACUAAUAUUUACAAUAAUAAUAAUACACAAAUGAAUGGUUCAUGUUUAUCACCAUAUGCUACGUUAACACCAAUUUUAGAAUUUCAUUCACAUUCUAAUUGUAUAGGACAAUCAAAUUCUAUGCAUCAAAUGUCAUCAACACAUUUACAACAUAAUUUACAUCAAAAUCACCAAACAAAUACAUUUGUAUCAAUACUUAGUCCAUCACAUCAUAAUAAAGUAUUUACUGGCAGUAAUUGUACGCGUCAUUUAUCAACUGCUAUCUACGGAAGUCAAUCUCAAAUUAAAAAUGGUACGUUACCAUCAAUUGAUAUGAGUUUAUCAAAUGAACAACAUCAAAAUAUGUUAUCAUCAAUUCGUCAAUUACAAUCGUGUUGUACAAUUGGUACUAUCCAAGGUAUAACUAAUACAACAAUCAUAUCACAAUCCCCACUAACAUCAUCAUCAGCAGCAAUGGUAGCUUCAGUCUCAGCAUCAACAGUACAAGUAGCAUUACCAUUUUUACUAACUUCUACAAGUACAUCAUCCUAAUCUUUUCCUUUUGACUCAGCAAAGAAAAAUUAACAAUCUAAUCUUUUUUGCCGCUAUUUUUUUCUUUUCAUCAAAUUUAUUUCUUAUUUUCUAGAAAAUAGUUGAUAAAUUUUUCAUUUUUCUUACUGGUCUUCUUUCUCUUGUUUUCCAUCUGUUUGUUUAGUUACUUUUUUCCAAAUAUUCUCUUACUUCAAUUCAUUUUUUUUCUAAAAGAAGAAUAAAGAAACAAAGUACUUGAAACAGCACAUUUUGAAAUGUAUUACUACCUUUGAGCUUUGUUGAAUCGGUAUUUUUUUUCCCAAGAUUACUUACUGUCAGUUUUUCACCUCAGUUUUUAUAAUUUUUUUCAUCUAAUUUUCUUACUACAAGCCAACCAACCAACCACUUGCCUUAUCAUUUUUCUCUAUUAAGAACUAUGCUUCGUUUUUUGUAUGAUGCUUUCGAACUUUUUUCACAAUUAAAAAAAAAGAUGAAAACGCUUUUUCUACAUGUUGAUUAAUCAACCAUCUUAUUACCUUGGUCCUUGGUGCUUUUAUCUGUUGUUAUGUUCUUUUAUUAUUAAUAGUACUAUUAUUGUUUCCAGUUUUCUGCACCACAUUCCAACUUUUCUAUUUCCCAUAGAAAUUGUUAUAUAUCAAUAGUUUUUUUUAUGAAAUAUUAGUUCUUGUUCCUGGCGUUUUGACUGCCAUAUUGUAUUAGCACAUUCGACAUUUUUUUGGCCUACAGAAUAAAUGUAUUCAGUCAAGGUGUAAAAAAGACUGAGAUGAACGUUUUUGUUUUCUAGUUGUGAAUAAAUUUUUUGCAGUAUUUUG